UCUACCAUGCCAUGGCACACUGCGUGAGUGGCUUCUUAUCAUCUUCACUUCCUUCGCUUCCACGAUUCGCUUUCACCGCCGCUUCAUCUUCGUCUCUAUAGCCUUCUCCUUCUCCUUCUUUUCUCUCUGGUUGAGUGGUAGUUCGAUCUCCUCUAUGGAUCCUGGUUCCAGCUCCAAGAUCCCGGAGGAGACGAAGGCCCGGCCGAGGCCAGGGCCGUGGCCGCCGAGGAUCGAGCCAUUCGUUCACAACAAUGAUCAUAACCCCAGAGACCUCAAGUCCUGGGCUAAGCGCACUGGGUUUAACCCUAAUUUCUCUGGAGAGACCGUUGUCAGUACCGUUGGUGAGGUUGAGAUGGAGCGGCCUGCUGACGAGGUGGAUUUGGAGGAGGGGAUUGAGCGCCGGAGAGCUCGGUCUCCGCCGAAGGUGGAGAUUGAACCCAUGCUGGGCCGGAGGAGGAAUAUUGGGGUGGAGAGUAAGGGGAUCGAGAUUGGCUCUGGGAAUGGGGGGUUGAGAGCUGAUGAGAAGGAUAAGAGAAGGGUUGGAGUUGAGACUGGGGUGGGUAUCAAGGAAGAGAGAAAGCCAGAGGAGGUGAAUGCGAAUGUGAAUGCGAACGGGAAUAGGAAUAGGAAUAGGAAUGCUAAUGUGGGUGUUGCGGCGAUAGCGCCAGUAGCGUCUGGUGAUGAGGAGUCGAAGAAGAAGGAUGCCCAGAAAUUUGACGGUGAAGUGGAGAUUGAUAUGUUUUCUGAGUCUCCCGAGCUGGAGAAUCCACCAUUGAAUAGAUCACCAAGGCUUAAGUCUAGACUAACAGAUAAACCGGGUUAUGCCAGCCUUAUUCCAUAUGGUGUCCAACACUACUUGUCAUUGGCGGGUUCACUUGUAUUCAUUCCUUUAAUUAUGGUACCAGCCAUGGGUGGAACUGAUGAGGAGACUGCUAAUGUCAUUUCCACCAUGCUUUUGGUAUCUGGUGUUACAACUAUAAUGCAUUCAUUUCUAGGUACUAGGCUUCCAUUGGUCCAAGGAAGCUCAUUUGUAUAUUUGGCUCCAGCAUUGGUUGUCAUUAACUCUGAAGAGUUUCGAAAUCUCAGUGAAAAUAAAUUUAGGCAUAUAAUGAGGGAACUACAAGGGGCUAUCAUUAUUGGUUCAGUUUUUCAGACAAUUUUGGGAUACAGUGGCCUUAUGGCCCUUUUCUUGAGGUUAAUAAAUCCAGUGGUUGUUGCUCCAACUGUUGCUGCUGUAGGUUUGGCAUUUUUCAGCUAUGGUUUCCCUCAAGCUGGCACCUGUGCUGAAAUUAGUGUCCCGCUUAUUAUAUUGGUUCUAAUUUUCACUCUGUAUCUCAGAAGAAUUUCUAUCUUUGGGCAUCACAUCUUCCUAGUUUAUGCGGUUCCUCUCAGUGUUGCAAUAGUGUGGGCAUAUGCUUUCUUUUUGACUACAGGAGGGGCUUAUAAUUAUAAGGGAUGUAACUCAAACAUACCUAACUCAAAUAUCUUACUGGAUUCAUGCAAGAGACAUGUGGAUACCAUGAGGCAUUGUCGAACUGAUGCAUCCAAUGCUUGGAGAACUGCUGCUUGGGUUAGGGUUCCCUAUCCAUUCCAAUGGGGUGCCCCAAGUUUCCAUUUCAAGACAUCUAUUUUAAUGAUCAUUGCAUCAAUUGUGGCAUCAGUUGACUCAGUUGGUACUUAUCAUGCUUCAUCCUUACUAGUAAACUUAAGGCCCCCAACUCCUGGGGUAGUGAGCAGGGGAAUUGGUUUGGAAGGAAUUUCAAGCAUUCUAGCUGGACUGUGGGGAACAGGCAUUGGUUCAACAACACUAACAGAGAAUAUGCAUACCCUAGAGGUUACAAAGAUGGGUAGCAGAAAAGCCUUGGUAGCUGGAGCUGCAUUCUUGAUCUUCAUCUCAUUUGUUGGAAAAGUGGGUGCACUUCUUGCAUCUAUCCCGCUCGCCUUGGCUGCUGCUGUUCUGUGCUUCACUUGGGGUUUGAUUGUGGCUCUCGGCCUAUCAACAAUGCAAUACACUCAGACAGCAAGUUCCAGAAAUAUAAUCAUUGUUGGAUUUACAAUGUUCAUCUCUCUAUCCAUCCCGGCAUUUUUCCAGCAGUAUCAACCUAAUACCAGCCUCAUUCUGCCCAGUUAUUUCAUACCAUAUGCCGCAGCAUCAGAUGGUCCUAUCCAUAUUGGAAAUGCAGGACUCAACUAUGCAUUGAAUGGACUUCUGUCACUCAAUAUGGUGGUGGCUCUUCUUGUAGCCUUUGUGCUCGAUAAUACAGUUCCAGGUACCAAACAAGAACGAGGGGUGUACAUAUGGUCGAAUCCGAGAAGCCCAGACUUGGAUCCAGCUUCUCUUGAACCUUACUUAUUGCCCAAACAGAUCAGUUGUUUCUUUAGAUGGGCAAAAUGCGUCGGAUUGUGAAGGUUUUCUUAUUGCUGCUGACUAUAGAUAUAGGAGUUAAUUUAUUCUUGAUUUACAUAUUCGGUUGUUUUGUAGCAGGGAAUUCACAAGAGUGUUGUAUGAUAUGUUUGAUUACCUAUAGGAUUCCAUCCAAUAAGCUUCUCAAUUUCAAGCAACAAGAAGGGAACUCAAUAGCCAAUGUGAAAGAAGCUUGUAUUUUAUUCGGGUCUUAAAGUUGGAUAAAAAUUAUCAUUGAAGUGAUGUUUUUAUUUUUGAA